UAUGGACAUUUCUGAUAUGCUAUGUAGUUAUCUUCAAGGUAUCAAUUUUGGGGAGUUUGAUAUAUCUUCCUCAAAGUCUUCUCAUGAACAGGUGGUUAAAAACUGUAAAGAUGUUGAAUGUGUCAAUGAUUUGGAGAGAUCUGUUUUGAGUAGGGUACAGAGGCGCAGAACAACAAACAAUGGAAAAAUCAUUAAUGAAACAGAAGCUCUUGGCAACCAGUUGCAUUUAUAUGAAGAAAGUAAGACCGCAAAUGGUGGCUGUACUACAGAAAAUGGAAAACCUGUCACUGCAUGCACAGAAUUGGUCACCUUUCCAUGCUCAAUGUUCAAGAAGGGUUCUUUAGUACAGGUUCGUAAGGAGAAUGGGUUGCAGCUAGUCUGGGUUAAUGGCAAGAUAAAAUCCAUGGAUGGUGCGAAAGCCCUUGUUUACUUUCCAGAAGUGACUGUAGAUGGGAAUCAAGAAGAAUGGGUUGAACUUAACGUUGACUCUGAUAAAAUGGAUGAUUCGAGUCUCCUUGAUGAUAUUAUGGUUGGUCAGGUUAAUCCUUUCCCCAAAAUUCGUCCUUUCAUUGAUGUUGGUAAUCUUCCGGAACAAAUUUUGCUGGCUGAAUGUCGUGGACUAGAGGAUGUCCUUCACGUUGAGCAAUCAGUGGAAGCUUGGAUAAAUAAUAGAUGGGUAGAAGGCUUGUUAGUGGAUUUUAAAGGCCACAGUAUCCGGGUGAAACUUAUUGGUGACAGUGACACCAUCAUAUUAGAUGCUACUACUGUUAGAUUGGCACCAGUUUGGAAUGGUGUGCAAAAAUCUUGGCAAGUAAUUGUUGUAAAGAUUCAGCCGGAAGAUAUCGGAUUGCCUGAGGUAACACAGAUCAGUAUUGAGAAUCUUAGGAAAAAUAAUGUACAUCACACUCUUCGUGCAUGUGGAUCUGAAAGGAAAUCUAGCAAGGAGAUAGGACAAAACAGCACUCUCCCAGUAAUAACUGCAGGACAAUAUGCUUCUCGCAGUGCAAUGUUAUCAUCACUUGUUGUAGCCUGGUCUCCGGUGUUGCAUGCAUCAUCGAAAAUUGUUGUGCAUCCUCCGCAUGGUUCGUCCAAUGACUUUGCAAUGCUGGCAGUUGGAGGGAAGUCGGGUAAAGUAUCUUUUUGGAGAAUCCAUGAGCCGCAAAUCUACUCUGUUGAGCACGGCAGGUUCGCUCUAGAUGUGGUGCUAGUUGGACUCCUUCAGGCUCAUACUUCUUGGGUCACGGCAAUCAGCUGGGCAAAAUAUGUCAAGGAUGCUUCCGAUUCUCGGGUUCUUUUAGUUACUGGCAGCUCUGAUGGGAGGGUUAAGAUCUGGAUGGGGGAUACUGACCAAUUAUUCAAGUCAUCAGAGGUUAAUCAUGCUUCCUUUUCCUUGUUGAAGGAGCUACCUGUUACUUCCGCACCAGUCUCGACAUUUUCACUGACUCUGCCUGUACAUUCUCCAUACAAAAUGCAAAUAGCAAUUGGCAGAGGAUCUGGAUCAUUGGAAGUAUGGAUCUUUGAUAUAUUCAGAUGUGAAUUUGAACAUGUUGGCUCGUAUGAUGUGCAUGGGAAAGUGGUUACAGGUCUAGCCUGGGCUUUUGAUGGCCGCUGCUUGUACAGUUCUAGCCAGGAAAAUUCUGCACGUAGCUGGAUUUUAAUAGGUGGCUCUUUGAAAGAAGUGCCCUUUCCUUCAAAUCCUUUGGGUGUUAGAAGCUCUCUCGAUCUUCCUUAUGUAUCUGAUUCAUGUUUUGGUCUUGCAAUCUCUCCCGGAAACUUGGUGGCCGCUGUGGUUCGUGGCUUUGAUGCUGAUUUUUUGGAUCCAAUGUAUCAAGCAAGGGUCCAAAAGGCUGUUGUUGAAUUCUUCUGGAUUGGCGGGCAACAAGUGGAAGUUCCAUCGGACACAUAUCCUCCUGUAUUUGAAAAUGAAACUUCGGCUGGUUUCUCUAAGACUGAAUUGGCCUGUUGGGAGUCUAACCUUUUGUGGUCUCUAAAGCAGUAUGAUCAAGUUGAAAAAACGCUGGUUCUUUGGGAUGUCAUUGCAGCAUUGUCAGCUUUCAAGCUAGCUUUUCCAAAUUUUGUGGACACUGUACUGAUUAAAUGGCUCUCAAGUUGGCUUGAUGUCUGCCCUGAGGGCUUUUCAACUGAAAACGUCUUGUUUCAGGCAUCACGAUAUGUGUUCAAUAUUCCUUCUCGUCAGCUGCACCUUCUCAACAUUAUCUGUAGAAGGGUAAUACUAUCAGAAUUCAGGGCCGAUAUACUUAACAACAAACAGCAUAAGCUAGAAAGAAUUGAUGGUUUUGAAAAUGAGAAAUCAAGUCCAUGGAUCGAGUUACUUGUCAACAGUGAAAAACAGCUAAGAGAGAGGAUUGUGGGCAUUAGUUUUGCUGCUGUUUUAGGUCAUGGAAAUUGUUCAGCUGCAAAUAUUUCUACAGGAAGAUAUUGGCUCCCAGUUGGUGUUGCGCUGAUGAAACAGUGGGUUUCAAUGAACCUAGACUGGGUACAGAAUCCGCUUAAAUUCCUGAGAUCAAAAAUUGGAGAGUUGCAUGGAAGGAUACCCCCAACUUGUGAUGAUGUAGCUGAAGAGAAAUGCAGCUUUUGUUGUGCUUCAGUUCCAUUUGAAUCUCCAGAAGUUGCUUUCUGCAAAGGUGCAGAGUGUACUAGGGAAGAUGGCCAGAGCCUUAAAUUAGAAAGAUGUGCAGUUUCUAUGCAGGUUUUCAAUACUACUGUAUCAUGGUUCUGUCUAUGCUGUCAAAGAAGGGCUAAGAAACUGGCACCCUGGACUCUUUUUAGAAUGUCCUCAAACUCUAUAGAUUUAAAGUCCUUAACUGAGUCGAAUGCCUUUGAGGUGCCCUUGAAACCAUUCUGUCCCUUUUGUGGAAUAUUACUACAGAAAUUUCAACCGGCAUUUCUACUGUCUGCAUCCCCAGUGUAAGACAAAUGCUUGUUCUAGUCUUUAUGAUUUAUAUUAUACUUUUUUUUUGGGUAGAAUA